AUGGCCAACAACUACAAUGGUGUAAUUCCCCCCAACGACAAUGGUGUAAUUCCCCCCGGCGACAAUCCUACUGGAGGCGCGAGCCCCACGGGUGACGACAUUAACCCCGUGAUGUCGGUCGCACCUCUUCGCCUCCCGCGUUUCUGGAAGGUCAACCCGACCGUGUGGUUUAUCCGGAUCGAGGCGGCCUUCAACAACCACAGGAUCCGCGCGGACUCAAGCAAAUUCGACUACGUCGUCGCUGCCUUGGAUGACGCCACGGUGCAGGAAAUCGCCGACGUCCUCAUGGCACCUCCAGCUGAGGGCAAGUACGAUUUCCUUAAGGCCGAAAUUCUUAAGCGCAUGACAGACACGGCCGAUCAGCGUCUCCGCAAGCUGCUCACGCAGCUCGAGCUGGGCGACCAGAAGCCGUCACAGCUCCUGCGUCGCAUGAAAGCUCUCGCGGGCACCGCGGUCACCGACGAUGCCAUCAGGGUCCGGUGGUUCGACCUCCUGCCGCCGUCCGUGGCACGCUCCCUCCGGGUCGUCAAAUCAACCCCGCUGGAUGAGCUGGCGUCUCUGGCCGACGAGCUGAUCCAGGACUACCCGCACGUCGCCGCGGUUCACCCUCAAGCGACCAAGCCCCAGACGGCUGGUCAGUCUUCUGCGCCGACCGUGGAGUCCCUGGCCAAGGAGAUGGCGUCGCUGCGUCAGUCCGUCGCGCAGCUCCUCAACAUCGCUAAGCGACAACCGGAAGGCCAGCAACGUGGCCGUUCAACCACGCAGUCGCAAGGCGGCCCCCGAAGCAGGUCAAACACGCCAAACCGAGACCCCAACGACCCGUGGUGCUGGUACCAUCGCACCCUGGGGAACAACGCUCGCAACUGCAGGCCACCCUGCAACUUCACCCCGUCGAACCAGGGAAACGAGUUUCUCGUCGACUCCGGGUCAGUCGUUUCUCUGCUCCCAGCUUCCCUGUUCAAGAAGCCACCAGCUCGUGCCUCUCUUACGCUCACCGCUGCUAACGCCUCGGCGAUCUCCACGUACGGCACACACCGUGCCGAGGUCAACCUAGGCCUGCGUCGAGCCUUCGUCUGGUCCUUCAUCGUCGCCGACGUCCAGACGGCCAUUCUGGGAGCGGACUUCCUCACGCACUUCAGCCUGCUCAUCGACCUCAAAGGAAAGCAGCUCCUCGACGCCACGACCGGGCUUUCCACCAAGGGUUCUGCGGCCCUCACAACCGGCCACAGCGUCUCGGUCGUCCAGCAGGUCGAGAUUCCGGCAGGACUCCUUUGUCAACGCUACCAAGACCUCGUUCGGGAGUUCAACGACCUAACGCUGGUUGACGGAUCGGCAGCAGACCUGCCCGAUCUCCCAGUGCUUCACCGCAUUCACACGAACGGCCCCCCGGUCUUCGAGCGCCCUCGGAGACUCAUCGGCCCUCGUCUCGACGCCGCCAAGGACGAGUUCAGCCGUCUCAUGGCCCAGGGCAUCAUCCGGCCCUCCUCCAGCCAGUGGGCAAGCCCGAUCCACCUGGUUCCGAAGCCCGACGGUUCCUGGCGCGUCACCGGCGAUUACAGGCGACUGAACAGCUGCACGAAGCCCGACCGCUACCCACUCCCGAUCGUCGAGGACCUUCUCCAGGAGCUGCAGGGAUCGGUAUUCUCGGUAAUUGACUUAAAAAAGCCUUUUACCAGAUCUCUAUCGCAAAAGAAGACAUCCCGAAGACUGCAGUGA